GGAGGGGAAGUGGUGCCUGACGCAGUGUGAGAAGCAGAAACUGAGAGGAGAGAGACGAAGAAGCGGUGGGGUGAGGGGAGAGAGAGAGAAAGAGAGGGAGGCAGAGCGGCAUCAUAUCAGACGCUGCUUUGCAUCCGAAAACAUCUCAAUCACCUCCUCAGGAGCCGGCGGAGCCCUCUUCCCGGUCACAGCUGCUCUCAGAGACCGCACGAAGACACACAGGACGCGAGCCGGAGGCUAAACCAGUCCAAUAACAGAAAACAACAACAGCAAGAGACACGGCACGUACACAACACCGCCAGAGGCAGCGCGCGCGGACCCGCCGUGCUGGAGGAGCGCCGUCUCCCCGCGUGCUGGCACAUCUGGAUCCAGAUCAGACCAGAAAGAAGAAGAAGACGACAAGAGACACAUUCCACAGUGGACCAAUCCUCAGUCCUGCUGUAAACUCAACUUCCUCAUCGACGCCAAUAUUCCAGCGGAACAAACCAAGAAGCAAAAGGCGAGUUCUCGUGCCGAGGGAAGACCGUCGAGCGCCGAGGAAGAAUGAGAAGAGGAACCGGUCGAAUAAGAGAUGGACUCAGGAGACGUGAACACCCGUCUAGCAGCAGGACAAACUCAACUCGCCAGUUUCCACCGAAAAUAAUACAUGUGGACUUUAUGUAGGCGAUAGAUGCUGUUUACUUACUGCCAGUGAAGUGCCAUAUCCCAGUGAUUCACUCACUUUUACUCUAAUCGGUCAUUUAAUAAUCCGAGAGGAAAACAAAAUUUGGCCAAAGCUUUCUAAUGACUGGAGGCUACAUGAAUAAAUGUUAAAUGGCAGGGAUCUCUGGUCGGAUUCCUCCGUCGGACAUUGUAAUGACGUCCCAAAUGGCCCAGAGAACAGGACAGCUGAGACAUGGCAAGGCAGGAAUCUUAUCCACAACCGGCUCCUUCGCCUGCUGGUUCGCUCUGCUGUCGCUGCUCCGACUGCCGGCUGUAACGGCAGACUGCUGGCUUAUCGAAGGGGAGAAAGGCUUUGUGUGGCUGGCCAUCUGCAGUAUGAACCAGCCGCCUUACGAGGCCAUCCCCUCCCACAUAAACAGCACGAUUGUGGAUCUGAGGCUGAAUGAGAACAAGAUACGGUCGGUGCAUUAUUCCUCGCUCAGUCGCUUCGGAAACCUCACCUACCUGAACCUCACCAAGAACGAUAUCAGCUAUGUGGAAGAUGGGGCGUUCUCGGCGCAGUUUAACCUGCAGGUUCUCCAGAUGGGCUUUAACAAAUUGAGAAACCUGACAGAGGGGAUGCUGCGGGGCCUGGGCAAGCUGCAGUAUCUCUACUUGCAAGCUAAUCUCAUCGAGACUGUUACAACCAAUACCUUCUGGGAGUGUCCCAAUUUGGAGAAUAUAGAUCUCUCCAUGAACAGGAUCCAGGUUCUGGAUGGUAGUUUGUUCUCUGGACUCUCCAAGCUGACGACCUGUGAACUCUACACCAACCCCUUCAACUGCUCAUGUGAGCUUCUGGGUUUCCUGCGCUGGCUUGCCGUGUUUCCCAACAGAACCAGCGAGCGGAUGGUGUGUGACUCCCCUCAAGGAUUCUCCGGCUACAACCUGCUGAGCCAGAACCCUCGCAUGCCAGCCCAGCGCAAUGCCCUGCACGUGCUUAAUCUGGUGUGCACAGACGAUGGCAGCAGCGUGACACCCUUCUACAUCUUUGACUCCACCACCCAGCUGCCAGACAUCGCCUCCCCCUGCGGACUGGAUGAUUGUGCCUCGGGGACGGCUCCUGAAGAAGUGAUAAGCAACAGCCCUAACUUAAUAGACUCCAAGCCUAUCAUGACAAUAAAAAAAGUGGAACAUUCGAGUGCAGUGAUAACAGUUCAGAUUCCCUAUCUGUUUAAGAAAUUGUACAUACUGAUUCUGUACAACAACAGCUUCUUUACUGAAAUCAAAACUCUGAAUAAAAACAGCGAGGAUAUUGAGCUGAAGAACUUGACACCUAACACGGACUACACUUACUGUGUGGCUUCUACAAGAUACUCCCUGAGGUUCAACCACACAUGUUUGACCUUCUCUACCGGUCGGAAAGCCGGUGCAGAGACGAUUCGCAAUCAGUCGUCCGCCACGCAUUACAUCAUGACUAUACUGGGCUGUCUGUUUGGCAUGCUGCUCUUCCUCGGCCUCGUCGUGCACUGCCUGAGGAAAAAGAGGAUCAUGGAGGAGAAGGAGAGGAAGAUGAGCAGAAUCCAGAGGACGUUGAUAGAGCUGAAGUACGGUGGGGAAGCGGACAUAGAGGGAGGGAGUGGAGGAUCUGUCUCACAAAAGCUUGCUGUGGGGGAAAGCCUGUCCAGAAUGCCCUACCUUCCCCAGGGAGGCGAGAUUGAUCCGUACAAGCUUCAGGAGGUGAUAGAGACUCCAGGACACAAGUCUGCCAAGCUCAACUACAUGGAGGUCAGAGGCUCUGGCAUCGAAAAGGAACGGGAGCGAGAGAGAGAAAGGGAGAUGUCACCACAAGCCAAUUCCCAGGGCUCAGUAGCUGAGAUAUCCACCAUUGCUAAAGAAGUUGACAAAGUUAACCAAAUCAUUAACAACUGCAUAGAUGCUCUCAAAUCCGAGUCCACAUCCUUUCAGCAGGGAAUAAAGUCCCCCACAGCGGGAGGAGGAGCUGUUUCGACAGAGGAGCCACAACUGGUACUUCUGUCCGAGCAAGGAGAGAGAGGAGGCGAGUUCCUCUCACCCGUCUACAAGGGUGGAAGAGGAGGAAGAGACGAACGGUCGAGGAGUUACCAUCCAUCUUUGCAACGACAUCACAGCAUGGAAGCGCCUCCGACAACCAAACGGCCAAGCACCUCCUCCUCUCCUGGCUCCGCCCGGAGCCCUCGCUCCUUCCGCUCCGAGGGAGGGUACCACUUGUCAGAGUCCCGCUACAUCGAAAGAGCUUCACCCGGGGAGAGGGGAGGAGACGCCAUCCGCACCGUCAACCCAGCUGCGGCUAUCCUACGGGCCGAGGCCCAGAGGAUCCGUCAGUACAACGAACACCGCCACUCCUACCCAGGAUCGCAGCAGCAUCUCCAGGAACUUCAGCAUCAUCCGCAAGUCUUUCAGGAGCUUCACCGCCACCCAGGAGGCCGCAAGCCUUCUGUGUUGGAUCCCAUCACUCUCAGCAGGCAAGCAAAGCAGCGGGAGUUAGCCUACUCCCAGCUGUCACAAAAUUACCCGCUCUCACCCCAAUACCACAACCUCAGCUACUGCUCCAGUCCUGAGGAAGACGAGGAGGAGGAAGGGCUGCUAUGCACCCCGACCCUAGGGCUUUGGGAGAGGUUCAAAAUGCACCGUAAAAGGCAUCGGCAGGCAUCCUUAGAGGACGAAGGAUAUGUGGCAGCUGGGCAUGCACUGAGACGGAAGGUUCAGUUUGCCAAGGAUGAAGAUCUUCAUGACAUACUUGACUACUGGAAGGGUGUAUCUGCCCAGCAGAAAGCUUGAUCCCAUAUGUGAAGUUGCCAAACACCUUGAACUCAUAGAACACCCUGCAUCUAUAACACACUGAUACAAAUAUGUGGAUAUUUUCAUCAAAGACUUGUAAAUAAGCACACACAGCUUAUGGGAUUUACAGAAAAAUCACUUUGCACAUACAUGUUUACACACGCACACACACGCCGAGACACAAAACACACAUACACACAUUUUACACAAACUAAGCCUUUUCCUCCUGAAACGGAUGAGGACCAAGCUAAUAUACCUAUUAUCGUGAACAAAAAUAUGAAAUAAUUAUUAAGACUGAGACACUUUUUGUAAUGUAAUGGAAAUUAUAGCUCAGACUUAUGUAGCUAUUUGUAAGUUUUGAAAGAAGACAUGUAGAAUCAACAUUAAGAAUAGAAAAACCCUAAAUGUGGAAGGAAAACCCAUUUUGAACAACCCAGUGAUGCUUUGGAUCCUCCCAACAGACUCAAACUUAACGGAGCCAUAAUUAUUCCUCUCCUAACGCGGAGCCAGACAACCAGAAAAGCAACCAUUCAUAAUGAAUAUACAGUCUUAUUCACAGGUUUUCAUUUGCUCAUAAAAAAUAACCCUGGGCUUCUAAUUAUUCAUUUGGUCUUUUCUUGUUCAGGAUGGGAUGAUUAUACAACAAGUAAGCAGACACUUUGUCAAAUUUAACAGGCAGCCGGUCACUCUGUUUUUCAACUAUUUUAGUGUCAAUCUGAGGAAAAGUAAAACAUUUUGAGGACGUCUUCCUCAUUUAUUACACCACCUGCCUUGUGUGAUCUAGCAGUUAUUACUACUGAACAGCAAAAGAAAAGCAGUGGCACAGCGCUGCCUUUGCCAUGGUUGACAGAUUAUAUAGUAUUAUUAUGUUUGAAAUGCCCUACUAAACUUUUCAAAACCUCCCUACUGUCAGCGUGACAUCAUAGCUUCAUCUUUUUGUCAUCUGCACAAGCAAUUUGUCUUUGAAAGGCUGCUGAGAAACUCAUUUCUUGAGAUGUUGUAAAACCGAGAGCGAAUAUAACAACAUGAGAAACACAAAAUCGAUACAACUAAAACGGCAGCAUAACAAAGCGAAAAGCCAAGGCGUUUGCUAAAAGAAAAAUGAAAAAUUUCAGGAUCUUUUCACUCUUACAGAAAAAAAUGCAGCUUUAAAGCACAUUCUUCAUUUUAUUUCCCAUGUGAUAUGUGAAAAGUUUAAGGUAUCAGUUUUUUUUUUUGUCAGAAAUAACUUCAUAUUUUUAUAGGAAGAGGUAAAACAUACAAACAUCAUAAAAAUCAUCCUUUGGACGGUUUAGGAGCAGCAUGCUGAGAACAGUAAACAGAGGCCUGAGUGAGAAACGAGUCAUUUAUAAAAAGAAAAAUGUAGAAAGAAUUAUUUUAAAAUAUGAUGCCUUACAUACAAACAGGAUUCUUUUUUUUAGGGUAUAUCGCCUAAAUUAGUUUGUAUUCUAGAAAGUAUCACUGAGCCUAUUUUAGAAAACCACUGUUCUUCUGCGCUGAAAACAGAUAUAAGUCAUUCUAAACUGAAUGGACCUCAAAACACUGACUGGUUCUGAGUCAGGCUUGUUUUCUGGGGCUUUUGCAGUUGUUCCUGAACAUGGAAGCUGCUUUCGUCUCGUCUAAGACAGUUUGGGUCUUUCACCUUGACCUUGGCAGACUGAUGGCAAAUAAUAACUGGUAGCUGCUUGAAGUAAUAAAAUCCAUAGCAGUUUAGAAACUAGCAUUACGUAUCAAAACAUUGAAAUCAAUGGACAGUCAUAAACUAAAAUAUUGCUGAAAAGUCUAUUUUUUUACAAUUGGGCUAAAUUGUUGGUAACUCACUGCUAAAGACAGAAAACCCCAAAUGGUCACUGGAAUAACUUGAAGAGAAAUUAAUUUAAAAAAAUUACUAAAAUCUGACCAAAAUAAGAUAAAAUCUGUUUCAACAGAAUCAUUGACAGUACCGCUAGAACAGAUUGAAAAUAAUGUUCAAGCUUUUUACGAGGCAAAAAUCACACCAAUAAAGAAAAUUGAUUUUUUUUAGACAGAAAUGUGGGACUAGCCUCCUCACAGGUUAGUAUUUUGCCCACAUAAUUCCUGUUCUGCAGCUGUAAGUUGUGUCAUCGUUCCACACCUGAAAAUUGAAUCCCACAAAUUACUUCACAGACGCAAGCUGUACUCCAACCAGAGUUUGGGAGAUUUAAAACAUCAGAUGACAUGGUUCUGGAUGGGUGGCCAAUCAGCAGUAAUAUUUAAAUGUGUGCUGAGACUGAGUAGGUAGCUCUUAUGAGAGAGUGGGUAUAAUGUGCCAAAUCAGCCGAUGGGGUAGUAGAGCCCUACUGUGUAUUAACUUCUUCUCACCACUGUUUUUAUAUAGAGGAAUUUAAGAAGAAAAAAGAAAUACGGUAAAAUAAUAUAUUAUAUGUUGUUAUUAUUCAUUAUUCUUACUAGUCUUCAUAUUAUCCCUAUGAUCCUCAGCAUCAAUAUUCUAUUAUUUGAAUACGUCAAGGCGAUGUUGUGUAACCGUGUUUUUGGACUGUUUUGAAACUCUCAGCCGAGAAGUGCUUAAAAACAGAAACACAACAAAAGAGACGCCUGUGUCCUCCUUUUCUACCGAGAGGAAUAUGCUCUGUCCUCUGAGCCAAAAAAAAAAAAAGAAAAACACAAGCCAGCCUUUUCUGUUGGUGAACUUCUACUACAUGUGCUCUUUGUCAUCCUGAAAAGAGAACGCUGUACAGAAGAAAGAAAAGUUCUAUAUUUGCAACAAAAGUGACUGUUUUGUUUCUACAACAUGGCUUUGAAAUCCUUCAGACUUUUCAGAAACUUCAGAGUCCCAAACUUAGCUCCCCGUCCGCUCACCCGCACUGGUGCGUUUUUGAUUUUGAACCCGAACUCAAAAAUUUUAAUCCUCUAAUGAAUGUCUUCAGCCAAACUGCACUGUUCAAAAUCAGAAAACGACCGUGAUUGAAAGACCCGAAACUCUCCACUUCUAUCCCGACACACUGUAGCUCCCACUGUGUUUUAUAAACUUUUCAUUUGAAUCCCAAGUUUUUAUCUUUUUUUUAUUAUUAUUUUUAUUUUAUUUUGGACUCUUCUGGUUCCACUGUGGUGCCAUAGUGCCAAACUUGAGAAAUCACAGGUAUUUAAAACUUAUCUCGAAUACUGCUAAAUACAGACCUCUUCUGUUACACAUGGCUAAAGUGAACUACGAUUUGCACAAAAUGAUCCACCGUCAUUGGCUCGCUGAAUCCCCACUGUCCUCAAAAUCGUUUUUAUGACCAAAGUACUGUGGUAGAUAAUUGACUCUUACGCUCUUCUAACCAGGACUCAGUCCACCAUCACCCUUACAGUUUCUACAUCAUCAGCACACACUCUCAUGCUCAUAGAAACAAGCGGAAGAAUGUAUUCUUUGAGAUGUUAUUUCUCUUCUGUAGCUGGAUUAAAGUGUAAGCAAAAAUCUAACCGGCUCCGUUUACGAGCGUCCUUCAGAUCGCAAACAGAGGUUCAGAACUGGAUACCACUAAGAAAUUAUUGCCAUUGUUCAAAUGAAGUUAUCCAUGGAGGAGUUUUUAUUAGAGCAAGGAUUUGUUUUUAUAUUUUUUUUUUUUUUCGUUGUAAAAGCGUUAAACUUUGAUUAAAUGUGGUUAGAAGAGGUGAUGUUUACUGUAUGUAAAUUAUCUGCACGAUUAAGUGAUAUAGUUCAGAGUGUUUGGAAGUGGGCUUCUAUGGAGUUGAGGUCAGUAGCUACAAUCUUACCUUGCAACAGAAAGCGCUCAAAAUCUUCAAAAGGUUAUUGUUUUCUAACUUGUCAUUGUUAACCUCACAGAGCAACACACAACUAAAACAACGCAGCAGUUUGUAUUGGGAGUGAUGAUCUUCAGUCGUCUGAAGAACCUCAUCACUCCUGACCUAAAACAGCCAAUCAGAGGCAGGAGGAGGGUCUUAGCGCUGUUAGUCACCUUUGUGUGCACGCUGCUAAAUGUGCUAAUGGCGGAGAAACAACUUACAGUCACAGGAAAACCAUUUAUCUACCAUAAUGGGGGGCUAUGCUAACUAGCUUUAGCAUGCACUACAGUCUCAGUAUAGUAGAGAGCAAGGAGGGGAGGGGGAAAUUGAGCAACACCACAUGAUAUUGUGAUUGACAGCACUAGUACCCGCCUCCUGGCUCUGAUUGGUUGUUAUGAGAAGCUCAUGACAUAGUGACAGCUUCAACAAAUAUGUAAAAAUAAAUAUUCUUAAUACUGCAGGUAUUGGAAUUGGAAGAGGCGUUCUUAUACGGUUGAAAGCGUCAACGUCACCCAAAUGUCUUUGCUUCUUGGAGAACUAAGAGAUUUUUACACUUUAAGGACCCAAAACAAACCCUGAUGCCCUUUAAUCUACAAUACAAUCAGGAAACCCAGACUCAUCAGGCUCCCUGACAGGGAUUUGUCACUUUAGAGUUCAAUUGUGCUGUUUUUUACAUUCCAUUACAACUGGUAAUGUAAGGUGUGGAUGCACCAACUCAUUUACCAUUAAGUUCUCUCAGCACAUUAACUGCAGAUAAGAUACUGACUACUGAGUAAAACUCCACAGAAUCCACUUUGAAACAAAAUUCCCAAACUAUAUCCCUUAAAUAUAAAAGGUUUUAAAAGACAUUAAACCAGGGAUGGAGUCAAAAAUUAAAUUUCAUUUAACAGAUUUCAUAUUAAACAAGCCUGUAUUCACAUGACUGAUUAUAAGAUAUAGUAAAAAUUUAAAUUAAAACACAAUCACAGUGGGCCAUCUUUGCAAUGUUUUUUGUUUUGAGGUACAAAAUGACUCCAACCUUGAACAACAGGUGAAAAAUCAUAUUUUUGUUGUUAUAGAAACAGUGUAAAAAUAUUCUCUGCUGUAAUGUGGCCAGAAUGCUCAAGUAAUUAUUCCUGAUGAAAACCAGUGGUGGGCACCACCAGCUAAAAAAGAUGAGAAUAAACAGUAGUUCUACCAACAGUAAAUUGCUACACCAACACAGUAUUUAGCAAAAGCUAAAGUGGUAACUGUAAAUUGUUAAACCAACAAAGAAUUUAAAAAAAGCUAAAGUGCUAACGGUAAAUUAUUAAACCAACACAGUAUUUAGCACUAAAGUGCUAAUGGUAAAUUGUUAAUCCAACACAGUAAUAACAAAAGCUAAAGUGCUAACGAUAAAAUGUUAUACCAACACAGUAUUUAGCGCUAAAGUGCUAAUGGUAAAAUGUUAAACCAACACAGUAUUUAGCGCUAAAGUGCUAAUGGUAAAAUGUUAAACCAACACAGUAUUUAGCGCUAAAGUGCUAAUGGUAAAAUGUUAAACCAACACAGUAUUAAGCAAAAGCUAAAGUGCUAACAGUAAAUUAUUAAACCAACAAAGUAUUUAGCAAAAGCUCAAGCGUUAACUUAAACCACAUUGAAUUACACACCUACCUGUAAGGUUUGAGCUUCAGGAAGUGAUUCUUUGGAGCGGAUAUUUUACUCUUCUCACUUUUCUGGUUGUUGAGUGUUGCUAACGCUGUUGCUGAUUUUGCAUAAUUGAACAUGGUGGGUCUUUAAAACAUGCAGGACAUCAGUAGAUUUUAAACAGUUUACUGUAAAACUACAGGCUGUUGUAGUUCUACAGCAAUGCAUUGUGGGUACAGAAUAAACAUAUUUUGCUGCAUCACAGGUGGAGAGCAGGAGUAGUAUCGUUAUUCAUGAAUAUUCUGGAAGGACGUGGAAAACUUUUCUUCAUCGAAGACAUUUCAAAAUUACUGUAACAAAUGGGGCUGUUCUAUUUGCAAAGGAAAAUAUUUAACUUAGUGAUACAGAACAUUUAUGUAUGUUAAGUUUAUUAUUAUUUACAGUAAAUAUAUCUACACCUCCAAAAAGCUGCGACAAAAACCUAAGAUCCAGAUUUUCUUAUCUUAAGAAAUGUUAAGGAUUCUAUAUAGCGUCUAUAUAGAGUUAUUAAUAGCAAGUUUAAAUGCUAAAGAUAUUCACAUAUGUGCCCUCAAAAGGUAGAUCAAUUUUGGAAUUGUAAUUUACAUGUUCUACAAUGCCUUAGAUAUUGUUUUGUAAUGUCCUAAAUGCACUAAGAGCACUAAAGAUUUUUAAAGUUAGCAAAAGUGCUAAAUCAAAAAUUAGCUCCACUAUUAGCUGAAGUGUGCCCACCACUGGUUGCAUUCAUUGGUUGAUAAAACUUCCCGUUUAUGGGACCGCACAAAUACUAAUGUGUUUUUUUUAUUGUUGGUGUUUAGACAAGAGCAGCAAUGAAAUGGUUUUUCAGUCUGAGUCUGACUGAUGAGAAAACUGCUGAGCUGCAGUUGCUUCUGUAUUACACGCCCCAAAUUCUGGUUUUAUCCGAAUAACAACAAACAGCCUUAAAACAUUUGAUUUUCUGUUCAUGUUUUUAACUUUAACGUUGCUUGUAAAAUAAAAUAAUAAUAAUAUAUAUUAAAAAAACUAAAUGCGAUCCGGGUUGGACUUUUUUAGUCGCUUGAAUCUUUAGCCUUACUUGAGCAUUCUUUGCGUAUCGGUUGUAUAAGUGUAGCAAUAUACUAAACUGCUGUUUUCGUUUGAAGAUUUUUUUUUCGUUGUAUUUAUGAACAGCUUGGAUUUGUCACGUGUCGGACAGAGAGUCUCCGAGCUUAGACCGAGACGCCAAUGAGAAAGAGGAGGUGGUUCAAGCAACCAGACAACAGCGACCACAAUCAGUGCUGCUAACCUUUGAACGACGACGCAGAACUGUAAACUGUUUGUUUGAAACAACAAUUCCUUGGCUGUGGAUGUGAACUGACGCGUUAUUGACAGUGGGGAACCUCAGUGAAAGCUUGUGUUGUAUUCUUCUCCAGAACGACUCAGGAGAGAGAAGGCAAGAGAAAUCCUGAAGAGGGAGAACAUGCUCUACCGCAGGAUCUCUCGGAGGCUUUAUUUUCUUGUUGAAAAAUGAAAAAGAGCACAAAUAAAAUCGCCUUCCUUAACCCGUCUCCUUUUCUAAAGUUUUUUUUCUCUACGAUCCACAUCCAGGACUUUCUUUGCGCACUACUUACUUGUGAGUAAAUAUUUACACGGUUGCCUUUUCCAGAUCACAGGGCGUACUGCAGCGUAGAUUGCUUUUAAUUUAAUUCGAUUGUAUUUGUUGUACAUAUAUAUUUACACACACAAUCACAACCAGGUGCUCCAAAUAUUGCACAAAGCAGCAGAAAUGACAAAGAGUUGGGUUUUAAGACAAACAAGUUUAUAAACACUUGAAUUUUGCAGUCACCUGCAAUAUUCACUCAAGCAUUCAAAUAUGCCUUCAACAUUGUAGAUUACAUUUCAAUCAUUUUUUAAGCAACUUUGUGAUGUGAAAAAUAUUUUUGCUGUAUUUUUCCAAAGGUAGAUUCAGUCAAGAUGGCUCAUAAUUCAGCCACAUCAAAAGCCACUCUCCGUUCACACCCCAACACACUUUUGAAAAGUUUGCUACACCACUGACAUCAGCCGAUAUAUACAUUUACUUACAGGUUCUGUUGUCACAUGAUAACGGUGACAGGCAGCAGCAGCAGCGUUGUGAGUGUCGGUGCACGUUUGUGAUCUCUAACCCAUCUUCACCAUUAUAGUUAGCAUGCUUGGACUAACCUCAUGCAUCAGAGUCUCAAAGAUAACGACUCACCGGGUCUUGUCUCUGUGCUGGCUUAGAGAUCCGAAUGUGUGGAGAGAGCAGGUCCUGUUAGGGCCUUUCUGCUUCCCUCCCAUCUUCCAUCUGAUGUUAACCUGAAGCAGUCAAGUCUGUGUCUUCAUUGUUACAUCAUCCGUCUCACCCAUCGUCAUUUUACUUCCUUUGAGGCGUCUUAGAUCUCACUCUCAGACUCUAACUGACACAGACAGAGAAGUACUCGGCUUGCAGUCCUUUUGAGCAAGAAUAUCCUGAACUUGAAUAUCCUGCCGAGAGGGAGAAAAAUAUUUUUUUUUAAAUAUCUCUAUUUUAACCAUUUUUAUGUUUUGUGACCUUUUAAACUUAUAUUCACAGAGAGACACAAAAUGCUGUCAUGGAUGUUAUGUCAGCUUCCCAAAGAGAACCUCAGAAAAUAAAAGAUUUUGAUCCUGCAGGGCAGAUGGAGGAUUCUUCACAGUAUCUCAGAUGUUCUCCAGUUCCUUCUUGUUCCUUGGAAACAAGUUUAGUUUUCAUCAUAACAGCUGUUUUCUGCUAAUGAUCAG